AUGCUUUCAUUUUCUGCUAACAGACCGGAUAUUGUUAUCGCCCCGGAAUGUGGAAAUCCAAUCGCCCCAGGCUGUCGAGGAAGUCUUGCGGAUGGGAGCUGCACACUCGAUGAGUUCGCGGAAUACACUCGGCAACCAAAACCUGGUAGAAAGCCGUUCCCGGCGGGUUUGAUAGGAAGUAGCCUUACGCCAGACCCGUUGGCCGUUGUCACGGCGAUCGAUGGAUCUGGAUACGACACGUCGCAGUGGAUGGACACUUACAAACUCCUCCCCGAAAUGUACCCUGCUGAGGAAAAAAAGAGCGGCUUCUUGCCGAACUUUGCAGAUCAGGUGGAAGCAAUAAACUACUACGUGUACAAGGCUCUUUUCUACAUGGCCAAGACCCUAAGGUUCAGCCUAGCGAUUGUCGACAGCUGGCCCAAUUAUGUGAAUCUGAGGAUUGGCAUUCGCGGAAUUGCAGAUAUGCGUAGAGCAGACUUCAGCUCGUUGACCCUAUCCGCCCUGAUGUCAGAGAUAGAAGAGGCAGGAAUUACUCCGGUUCUCAGGACAGUUGUCGCGGUCGAUCUUACAACGUAUAAAGAACUCGACACGGGCCUGACCUUAAGUGGGGGUUCAACCAACCCUUCCAUUGAUACUAUGACCGCUGUGGAUGAUGCUGUGGCAGCAAUCGGGGAAAAGUCUUCUAAAGGGGCAAAUCGCAGACAUUGGGCAGUUAUCAGUAGUCUAGACAAGUGGACAAGCGACCUUGAUUCAGGCUUCCAGUGUUGA